AAUAUAUUUCAGCAUGACGGAGUAUUAUUUUGACAGGUCAAAACCUUGUUUCAUCCACUCGUCGUUUGCAUUAUAAUAUUGUUAGUUCCAGUAUUGUGAUAGUUAAUAAAAUGGAAGAAAUCGGUAUAAUAUUGCCAGAAAAAGAUGACCAAGUUGCCGAUACAAAAGGGCUCUCUUUUGCUGGACCGCAAUCUUUUGAAGAACUGGAAUCUGAAGACUUAUACACUAAAUACAAGAAACUACAGCGUAUGUUAGAAUUUCUAGAAGUUCAAGAAGAGUACAUUAAAGAUGAACAAAGAAAUCUUAAGAAAGAAUAUCUUCAUGCCCAAGAAGAAGUGAAGAGAAUACAGUCUGUACCACUGGUUAUUGGUCAAUUUCUUGAAGCUGUUGAUCAAAAUACUGGAAUAGUUGGCAGUACCACAGGAUCAAACUACUAUGUGCGCAUUCUCUCUACUAUUGACAGAGAGCUGUUGAAGCCAUCAGCAUCAGUUGCUUUACAUAAGCAUUCAAAUGCACUUGUAGAUGUGCUGCCUCCAGAAGCAGAUAGCUCUAUAUCCAUGUUGCAAGCAGAUGAGAAACCCGAUGUUCAGUAUUCUGAUAUUGGUGGUAUGGACACACAAAAGCAGGAAAUACGAGAGGCAGUUGAACUGCCCCUGACUCAUGUAGAGCUGUACCGACAGAUUGGUAUUGAACCACCAAGGGGUGUGCUAAUGUAUGGACCUCCUGGGUGUGGGAAAACUAUGCUGGCUAAGGCUGUUGCACAUCAUACAACAGCUGCAUUCAUCCGCGUUGUGGGUUCGGAGUUCGUACAGAAGUAUCUCGGUGAAGGGCCACGCAUGGUGCGCGAUGUUUUCCGUCUUGCUAAGGAGAACAGUCCCGCUAUCAUAUUUAUUGAUGAAAUCGAUGCUAUUGCUACGAAACGAUUUGAUGCACAGACUGGUGCCGACAGGGAGGUACAGAGAAUCUUGCUGGAACUACUAAAUCAAAUGGAUGGUUUUGACCAGACAACUAAUGUGAAAGUAAUAAUGGCCACAAACCGCGCCGACACAUUGGAUCCCGCUCUGUUGAGGCCUGGACGCCUUGACAGAAAAAUUGAAUUCCCGCUGCCAGACAGACGCCAAAAACGUCUGAUCUUCUCAACGAUCACGGCCAAAAUGAAUCUCUCGGAGGAGGUGGACCUCGAGGAGUUCGUGGCGCGGCCCGACCGCGUCUCCGGCGCCGACAUCAACGCCAUCUGCCAGGAGGCCGGCAUGCACGCUGUUCGGGAGAACCGAUAUAUCGUACUGCCCAAAGAUUUUGAGAAAGGCUACAAAAACAACAUCAAAAAGGAUGAGAGCGAAUAUGAGUUCUACAAAUAAUUAUAUCUAUCUUUGUAAUUGUAUUGAAGUAAUAAAUGAUUAAUAUCGAA